CCAGGGAGCCCAGCUGACAAUGCUGCCCUCAAGUCAGGUGACCGGAUCCUCUUCCUCAAUGGACUGGACAUGAGGAACUGCUCCCACGACAAGGUGGUGUCCAUGCUGCAGGGCAGUGGUGCCAUGCCUACGCUGGUGGUGGAGGAAGGGCUCGUCCCAUUUGCCAGUGACUCGGAUUCUCUGGACUCGCCCAACCCAUCGUCGGCGCUCACCUCCCUGCAGUGGGUGGCGGAGAUCCUGCCGUCCAGCAUCCGGGUCCAAGGGAGGACCUUCAGCCAGCAGCUGGAGCACCUGCUCACGCCUCCUGAGCGCUAUGGAGUCUGCCGGGCCCUCGAGAGCUUCUUCCAGCACAGGAACAUUGACACCCUCAUCGUUGAUGUCUACCCUGUGCUGGACACCCCUGCCAAGCAGGUCCUGUGGCAGUUCAUCUACCAGCUGCUGACCUAUGAGGAGCAGGAGCUCUGCCAGGAGAAAAUCGCAUGCUUCCUGGGCUACACGGCCAUGACAGAGCCGGAGCCUGAGCUGGACCUGGAGCCGGAGCCCACACCCGAGCCCCAGCCGCGGAGCUCCAUGCGGGCUUCCUCCAUGUGCCGCCGCAGCCUCCGGUCCCAGGGCCUGGAGGCUGGCCUCAGCUGCGGUCCUGGCGAGUGCCCUGAGAUGCCUCUUCCCCUGAUCCCAGGCGAGCGCCAAGCGGGCGAUGGCACUUCCCUCCCUGAGACCCCCAACCCCAAGAUGAUGUCAGCCGUCUAUGCAGAGCUCGAGUCUCGACUGAACAGCAGCUUCAAAGGGAAGAUGGGGACCGUGUCCAAAUCCCGGGCUUCCCCUCCGGGCCCCAGCCCGGCAGUCACCACAGGGCCCAGGACCCUGUCCGGCGUCUCGUGGCCCAGCGAGCGACUCUUGCCCUCCCCCUGCUACCACCCGCUGUGUUCAGGGGGUCUGGCCUCCCCCAGCAGCUCUGAGUCCCACCCCUACGCCAGCCUGGACAGCAGCAGGGCGCCCUCCCCACAGCCAGGCCCCGGGCCCAUCUGCCCUGACAGCCCCCCAAGCCCGGACCCCGCCCGCCCGCCCAGCCGCAGGAAGCUCUUCACCUUCUCCCACCCUGUGCGAAGCCGUGAUACUGACCGCUUCCUGGACGUGCUGAGCGAGCAGCUGGGCCCCCGGGUCACCAUCGUGGAUGAUUUCCUGACCCCCGAGAAUGACUACGAGGAGAUGAGCUUCCAUGAUGACCAGGGCAGCUUCGUAACCAAUGAGCGGAGCAGCGCCAGCGACUGUGUCAGCAGCAGUGAAGAAGGCAGCUCCCUGACCUACUCCUCCAUCUCUGACCACAUCCCCCCACCCCCACUCAGCCCCCCUCCACCACCACCCCUGCCUUUCCAUGACCCCAAGCCCAGCUCCCGUGGCUCUGAUGGUUCCCGGGGCCCUGCUCAGGCGCUGACCAAGCCCCUCACCCAACUCAGCCACCCAGUCCCUCCACCACCCCCACCGCCCCUGCCUCCACCCGUGCCCUGUGCACCCCCCAUGCUGUCCCGGGGCCUGGGCCACCGGCGCAGUGAGACCAGCCACAUGAGUGUCAAGCGCUUGCGGUGGGAACAGGUGGAGAAUUCAGAAGGCACCAUCUGGGGUCAGCUCGGGGAAGACUCCGACUACGACAAGCUGAGUGACAUGGUGAAAUACCUUGACCUGGAGCUCCACUUCGGCACCCAGAAACCUGCAAAACCGGUGCCGGGGCCGGAGCCCUUCCGGAAGAAGGAGGUGGUGGAGAUCCUGUCCCAUAAGAAGGCCUACAACACCUACCCCGCCCUGUUCAUUGUCCCCCACCCCUCUAGAGUUCCUCCAGUAGCCCAGGCCCCGCCCCAGCUCUCCCUCGCAGGUCUACCCGCUUUCCUUGUCCUCUGCCCCUUCAGAUUCCUCCCUAUGCUGUCAGUUCCCGAAUACAAGACGCGCCUGCGCAGCCUCCACUUCCAGGCCACGCUUCAGGAGAAGACAGAGGAGAUCCGUGGCAGCCUUGAAUGCUUGCGCCAGGCCUCCCUGGAGCUCAAAAACAGUCGGAAGCUCGCCAAGAUCCUGGAGUUUGUGUUGGCCAUGGGCAACUAUCUCAACGAUGGACAGCCCAAAACCAACAAGACCACCGGCUUCAAGAUCAACUUUCUAACAGAGCUGAACUCCACCAAGACAGUAGAUGGGAAGUCCACUUUCCUGCACAUCCUUGCCAAAUCGCUGAGCCAGCACUUCCCUGAACUCCUGGGCUUUGCUCAGGACCUGCCCACUGUGCCCCUGGCUGCCAAAGUGAACCAACGGGCUCUGACCAGCGACCUGGCCGACCUCCAUGGCACUAUCAGCGAGAUACAGGAUGCCUGCGAGAGCAUUUCCCCCUCCAGCGAGGACAAGUUUGCAGUGGUCAUGUCAUCCUUCCUGGAGACGGCCCAGCCGGCGCUUCGGGCGCUGGACGGGCUGCAGCGCGAGGCCAUGGAGGAGCUGGGCAAGGCGCUGGCCUUCUUCGGGGAGGAUUCCAAGGCCACCACCUCUGAGGCUUUCUUCGGCAUCUUUGCAGAGUUCAUGAGCAAAUUCGAGCGAGCGCUGAGUGACCUGCAGGCCGGGGAGGGCCCGCGCAGCUCCGGGAUGGUUUCACCCCUGGCCUGGUGA